AUGCCGAUUCGGCGAACCGAGUUUGCCUUGGUGACUGGGCUUAAUUUGUUACGUGGACCGACUGAGGCUGAGGUUUCGGAGAGGGCGACGUCAGACCGUUUGAUAGUAGAAUAUUUUAAUGGGGAUCCAUCUAUCAGCAUUGGUCAUCUGCGCAGCGUCUUUGAGAGUUGCACUGAGAAGGAUGAUUGUUACAAGUUGGGUUUAGUCGUUCGUGAUGGGUGUUACCGGGAAAGAAGAGAAGAACUGGUUCCCCCAUUUAUCAUUAGAAUGGUUGAGGACCUCCCUUUUUUCUACAAUUAUCCGUGGGGGAAAAUUUCUUUCAACUUGUUGAAAGAUACUUGGAGUAAGGACUUCGUACAAAAGAAAAAGCAUAUGGAUGAGAAGAUUGUGAAGGGAACGACUCAGAAGGAGUCAAAGUAUUCGGCCUAUGGAUAUGCUGUAGCAUUGCAGUAUUGGGCUUAUGAGUCCAUCCUCGAGCUUGCUGAGAAAUUUGCAAUCAGAAGAUCGCAUCGCUUUCCCCGAAUGGUGAGGGAGAGUAAGGAUGCCCCACUCGGGAAAGAGGAAGUCAUCAGAUUAUUUGCAAAAAAAUUGACAGUGUACUCCGUUUUAUGUCCGCGGAGUAAUGAGGCCGAGUUUUUGAGCCACGUCCUUUGGAGGUGA